AUGAUUGUGUCAUUCCCGGGCAUGGUGCCCUUUGAAUUCACUGCUGGAGAUGUAGUGUCGGGUGUGGCCGUGAAGAAGAUCAGCGAUUCUGCCAAUGGCCUGUUUGCUGGAUCUGGUGGCCCCAAGCCACCGUCGGCCCUGGGCACAGCAGUGCUUGGCAUGCGAGUGGGCGGCAAGCGGUCUGUGAUUGUUCCUCCAGAGCUGGGCUACGGGAAAUUGGGAUUGCAGGAGAUCCCGCCAAAUGAGCCGUUUGAGAUGCGCGUAGAAGUGUUGCAGGUUGGCUGA